CAUUUUACCCUUUCCUCUCUUCGAUUUCCCAUUCUCUUUUCCAAAACCCUAGCCCCACAUCGGCGCCGUAACAUGGCGUCUCGGGGAGGUUACGAAGGCGGCUCCGCCACGGGAGGCAAGAUCCGUAGGCGCCCUCCCUUCCGCGCCGCAGCUGCGUCACCCUAUGCGCGCCCGGCUGCCCCUAUUCACCCAGCGUCACGCUGCAGCGAAGGGAGUGGCUGGCUCGCCCGUCUCAUCUCCGGUGGCGCAUCGCGUCUCCUCUCCUCUGUGUUUCGCAAGCCGGCUCCGCAGCUCGCUGCGCCUACGCUUUGGGAACCGGCGUUGGUCGACGCUCCUUACUCGCCGCCGCCGCCGCCUUUAGAGAACGACAUUCUUGAAGAAGAAAACGGAGGAGGGACUGCUAAUAAUCUGUCUACUGAUAAUCCUGAAAAUUCUGCCAUUGAUGGAGAUGAUUGUCUAAGUUCUUGUUGCAAUGGUAGUAUGGAUCUUGAAGAAUUGUUGAAGCAGAAGACCUUUACAAGGAGUGAGUUUGAAUAUUUGACUGGGUUGUUGCGAUCCAGAACUAUUGGAUCCAAUACAGUGCAGUCAGAAAUUAAUAAUAUAAAGCAAACAUUGUCUCCUAAGAAGGAAAAGGGGUCUAGAGACUUACCUGUUGAUUUCUCCAUUAGAUCAUACAAUGUCGCUGAUCAAGUUGCUUCACCUGCAGAACUUGCAAAGGCAUAUAUGGGUUCAAGAUGCUCAGAGGGGCCACCGUUACGCCUUAGAUUGCAUAAACCCUCCUCCCUUUCUGUCAAAUCAAUAGAAUCUGGCACCAUACAAAUAGCUAAAUCUCCAAAGGCCCCACUUCUCGGAAGUUCAAGAUUGUCUGCUUCCACACCCUUUGAUCGCCUUGGAAGCAACUAUAGGACACCAAAUAAAUCAGCAAUACACAAAAUGUCAUCAUCUCCUUAUUUUAAGGCUCCUGUUUCUUCCACAGACAUAUGUGGUACUGUAUCUUCAUCUUAUCAGACUGCAAACAGCAUUCAUACGUUUGGCAGGCAGCUCCUUAAGAGGAAGAAUAUUGCUCUCAACAAUGAAACUGACUCUGUUGGCCCCAUACGCAAAAUGCACCAAAGAUACAACAGAGUAUCAUCACUCUCGGAAACAUGGCCUGGUUAUCGUGAGUAUCCUGGUAGUCAUGCAACCAAACUGGAUGAAGAUUUCGAACACUCCACACAAACACAAAAGCGUCUGUGUCUGGCUGAAGUUGACAAUGGCACUCUAGGUAUCUGUGGCAACAACUUUGUUCAAGCACCAGCUCAAUCAACUGAGAUGGCUGCAAAGAUAUUGAAACAACUUGAUACACUAGUGUCUUCACCUUCAGAGAAGGAAAGCUCACCAGAAAUGAAGCAAAAGCUUGGAAAUGCCCUGGAUGUUGAGGAUUCUAUUUCUCAGAGAAAGGAAAUAUCAUCUCAGGGCAGCCUUUUGGAAUCAUCUUCGUCAUUCAUCCAGGAGUAUUCUUUACUCAAGAACAGAAAUGUUGCUGCUAUAUUCGCCCCAACUGCAAUAGAUGUCAAGACUGUUGAUGCUAUGUCAAACGGUUCUGCCCUCCCAGGAAGUAAAUCAUCCUCUGAAUUAAUAACUUCACCCAAGGAUUCUCUGGAGUUGGACCACUGCAGUGGAAGUAUUGAAAUUGAGAAAAGCUACUCACCAGUCCAGGAACAUACUGCUAACAAUUCUGGAACAACAAAUAAGGAGAAUCCCCCAGCAGUCUCUUUGCGAAGCUAUUCUCCUUCCAAUCUGAUGUUAUCUAGUGAAAUAAAACAAACAAAAAUGCUGUCUUCAUCAAAUGGUUUCUCAUUCCCUGUCAUGGCUCCACCGGUUGCUCACUCGCAGGCCCCUCCAACGCCUACUAUGGCAUCUCCACCUGCACUACAUGUUGGAAAGCACAAAUCUUCUGCACUACCCAGUGUGCCAGUUACUUCUGUGGAAAAUGCUCCAUGGAUUUUGAGACAAGUUUCAGAAGAAAGCUCAGUUUCAGACAAGCACAACAAGAAGUUAAAUGGAGAAAUUCCACCGAUUUCUUCCAAGGGUGCUGGACAUGUUGCAUCAUUCACCAGUAACCCUGUAACCUUAAGUAAUGGGCUAGCACAUACAUCAAAAUCAACUGCCUCUGCUGUUCUGGCUUCUGAUGGAUCGAACAACUCAUUUUUGUCUACAAAUACUGUCUCAUCAACUUCUUUAUUGCCGCCAUUCUCGUCUCAACCUGGUCUUGAGACCUCAUUCACUUCAGCACAGAAAUUUGGUGGUAUUCAAUUUAAAGCAGAGCCUAUCAUAACAUUGCCAUUCAGCAUGCACAGCAAUUCAACUGGAGGUAGUUUCACUUUCUCUAAUACUGGUCCAAGUAGUUCAUCGACAUCAUCAAAAACAUUUGCCAGCAUAACUUCCCAAUUGGCUAAAGCACCAACAUCUGGAAGUGCCAAUGCACCUUACAAUUUCUCGCCAAACUUUGGUGGUGCAAGUUUGUUAGCUGCCCAGGACAAAUCCAAGGUAGGAAGCAGCACUGCCGCACUUAAUUUCUCUCCGCACUUUGGCAGUGUGAAUUUGGUCGCUUCUCUGGAUAAGUCCAAAGUGACAUCACCUGAAUCAAUGUUGUUGGCUGGAAACCAGUUUGCCCGACCAGGAAAUAGCAAUUCAUUGUGCACACAGAGUUCAGCAACUAAGUCCGACUUGAUGUCUCCGGACAAAUCAAACAUGGGGAGCUUACCAUUUGGUUCAGCACCUCUGAGCCCUAGUACUUUCAGUUCGAGCUCUGUAGUUUCUUCCACAGCUGCUUCGGGCUCGGCCUCUGUGACUACAACUACUCCACCGCCUGUGCCGUUUAUGGCUUCUUCUGCUUUGGGAUCUAGCAAGGCAUUCUCAGUGUCACCAAUAUUUGGCAGCAAUCCAAUCACGACUGCUCCAUCAUCGUUUGGCAUGCUGAAUAAUGGUUCUGCUAUGCCCUUUAGCCCCUCCAGCACUGUAUUUUCAUUCACUUCGGCUACACAUAUAAUACCAGAUCCACCACCCUCAACACCACUAUUUGGUAGCACGAUCCCAACUUUUGGUUUCAGUACAGGAGCUGAUCAGAUGAAUGGGGGGCAGACGACUGUGGGGAAUAACCAGACUCCUUUUGCUACGGCCUCACCAUUUGGCUUUCAGAGCAAUUCACUGUCAACUCAAGCUUUCAGCAUGCCAGCUUCUCAAUUCGCUUCCACUUCAACCACCUCACCUGGCAUUUUCCAGUUUGGCCAGCAGAGUCAAGCUUCUUCAGGUGUUUUUUCAGUGGGCACUGUCCGUGACAAUGACAAGUCUGGCAGAAGAAUUGUCAAGGUAAAGAGAAAGAAAUAGGCUACUCUGUUCAAAGUUGAUCAAGAGGUUCAGAACUUGCAGUCAAUUUGGGCUGUAAAGAAAUAGGCCACUCUGUUCAAACUUGAUCAGAGGUUCAGACCUUGCAGUUAAUUUGGCAUGUGGACUAGCCUAUGCAAAUUGAUCUUGGCUUCCAGGGCUUCUGGUGAUCGGCGAGUGUAGUGCAGCAUAUUUGUUCACUUGAUACCGACUGAGCUGGCAUGAGAUGCCCGUGGUUUUUUGGCACAGUACCUAUGGUGGACUCUCUCUAGUCUAUUUUUGUUGAUUAAGUAAACUGAAUUUUGUCUAUUCCCUGAUGUACCAUUACAGAAACAUUUGUAUAUCAUAGUAAUGUUUCAGGGUAUGUGUUUUUGUUA